CUUCUCAGCUUCACCUCCUUCGUUGUAUCAAAUAUCCUCUAUCCUUCAGAGGUGAAAGCACCAAACGAUGGCAUCCGGUUGGGGAACGUCCCGGGGCCGAGGAAAUUAUUCCCAUGACAGUCCUUAUUUAGAGCGGCAUGGAUCUUGGGAUGAGCAUGGCGUCAACUUUGAAGGUAUUGAGGAGACAAUAGAAAUAGAGUGCGAGGAUGAGAGUGAAGAGGAUGAGAGUGAAGAGGGUGAGAGUGGAGAGAUUGAUGGAAGUGAAAGCCUAUCCCACACAAGAGCAGACACUAUCCCAACCACAUACAGAAGAUUCCGAUCGCGGACUCCAUCGUGGUCUCGACUCGUACCUUCAGUACGGGUAAGGAAUCGCGAAGAGACAGCUCAAGACGACCGCAAAAGACUGACAUCGAACUUGUCUCUACCAUGGCCUCCAAAUUUGUCUGUGAAAGGGACUGAAAAGGCGAAGGCGGAUGGUAUGUCAGAGCUCGCUCUUCACAGUGGGAGCGAGAGUCACAUAGACGAAGAGCAUACGAUGGCCGCCUUUCGAGUAAAUCUGUCACCACUUCGAGAGUAUCUGGCAGUGGAAGGAAUCGAGAGUGUUGAAGAGCUACUGGAAACGUUGACUUUCACAGUAUCCCAGCACGGUGAUUGCAUUGCUUUAGAAUGUCGUGAGUACAUCCAACACACCUGGGGUAAAUUCGGCGACUUUCUUGCUCGCCCCUUCUUUGACUGCGUUCUUUCGGGCUCUUCAAAUUUUGAAAUAUUCACCGAGGACGACUUCCCCGUGACCAUUUUCAUAUCUAAGGAUUUAGCCACCGGUACCACAAACGCCAAGGUGGAAGUGAUUGGCCACUCAUCAUUCCUCACCAAAAUCGGAGAUAUUCUCAGCUGGAUCAGUUCGACGAUGACCAUUUCAACCCAAGGUAGCUAUAUCUAUACCACUGCCUCUACCCAAAAGGAUGCGAUGUCCGAUUGGUUGUAUGUUUCACCAUUCACCAUACCAUCAGAACCUCUGGGUAGUAAAGGGCCCCCUCCGGAUCGAUGCUGGUCCAAGGCCCUUAAUAGAACCAUAAUCGCACACGGCUUUCCUGUUCCGGCUCGAGAUCGCUUUGCCAAAGGGCUCGAAAUCGCAUUUGACGCACUGUUGGGGAUUUGUGGAAUUGAGAAUGCACUUCUUCGAGAGGGCUAUAUUAUAUUCGUUGGCCUAAGCACACUACUCGUGCCUACGCGAAUUCUGGAAGCCGGUUCUGUGCAGUGGCAUCUUAUUACUGCCCCUGGCCCUGAACUCAUGAGGAUAUUUGACGGCCUCCAAGAGAAGAUCUCCUUAUUCGUAGCUCUUGGUUUCAAUCCCAAUCCUGAUGAUCAAGCAAUGGCUGAAUCUGAAAUCUCAUUACUUAAAGAUGACCUGAGAAAACGCCGUCAUUUUUUGGGCUGGACCUCUGAGGUUCAAAUCGUUAUAGGAACAAGAGAAGCACGAUAUCCGUUUCAGGGCUACACUGGAACGAAAGAAAAGGCAACAAGCAAAAUCGCGGACACUGAUACAUUCUCUGCAGGGAUUCCUGGGAAAGGGUUUUCUCGGUUUCCCUUGCCAGGAGCUAUAAGCUCAGCUAACCGAGAAGCUAGAUAUGACGAAGAACUGGAUAAUCAUCGUGGUGACCAGAUAUUGCUGUACGACCCGGAAGAAAAGAGGGGCUGGCUUGUCCCAUACCACAGCGUUCUAUUGCACAUGGUGCUUCAUCGAGCAUUCCUUAACCGGCGUCUCAGGCCAGAGAGUAGAGACAUUCCCUAUGCAGCUAGCUAUGAUGGAGAAGAAAGCGCCAUGAAAGUCCUCGGUACUCAACGUACGGUAUCUCUCCUUCCCGGACAAGAAGACGGCCGACGGGAGAACCAGUCCGCGUUCGAAGAUUACACGCUGGGCGAUUCAGUCAGACAGAUGAUCUACCGGAUAUAUAACGUCCAUCCAACCCCUUCCAUAACCAAGUUUGGGGCGAAGGAGACCCUACUUGGAUACGAAUUCCUCGACCUCAUCAAAGGAAAUUACCGCAUGAAACAGGACUCCAUCCCUUCCCACGGAGGUUGGUCGGUGCUCACUCGAGAUGUCCCCGUCGUCCUUUUCUGCUCAGGCCUGGGCGAUGUCCUCCGACCAGUAAACAGUGGACACCAGUUGUGUCCCAGAUGGAAAACCCUCCCGAUGGGUGCGUAUUUGCUCGGCGCACCACGGAGCGGCUUGCGAUCUCUCGCAAAGAGCAAUGGAAGCGGUAACGAAAGACAACAUCUGGUCCAAGGCUAUGUGUGGUGCAGUUCGACCGAUGGGAUGGAACACUCCUGUACCUCAGAGGAAACUGGUUGCAACCAGUCCCUCUCAAAAAUCCGGAAGGCUCGAUGGGUGGCGGACGACGAAGCGGUGAAUGAAGACUCCAUGUCAUCGGAACCGAGAGGAGCAGUUGUUUUCGGGGAUGCCAAGUGUUUGUCAAAGGUUCUUAGCAACGUGAAUACAAGAUUCCUCUCCCUCAACUUCAUAUCCCCAGAUUUUCAAACCAUUCUCAGCGGGAAACUGAAGAGUGGCCCGAUGGUAGUAGUUGCAUUAACACUGCACCGAAAUGCGCCACCUAUACACUGCCAGUACUAGCUGGAAAAAUCGGCGUCCACCGGAGGACACCUCCAAUACAUCCCAAUGUGGGUGGGGGGCAAGUUUUGAGGAUGGGAGGACACCG